GCGCUCUCGCGGCUCGUGCCCGCGCUCAGGGAGCGGCGGAAGCGGAGCGCGCGCCUCCGUCUCUGCUCUGGAACAUUUCAGGACUUGAGUGUUUCUAAAGUCUAAAGACCCGGAGCCGCAGACCCGGAGCCGCAGACCCGGAGCCGUGGAGCCGCAGUUUCAGGUCAUGGAGGACCUGGAGGUUCGUCGUUUCAUCUCCAGGUUCACAGAUGAAUUUCCUGCAGCCCUUGAGCAAGACACUCCCCUGCCCCUCACCUCCACGAGCAGAAACAUCUCACCUGAAGAAGUCCACGGAGAAAGUCUGGACCUGGGACUCAGACUCCUGACCGACAGAGAGGCUCCGCCCCUCGUGGCGUCUCUUCUGUGUCACUCGGCGACGUCGGAGCUUCUGCAGAACCACCUGUCGCCCCUGCACCUGCCACAACCCCCGGAGGACGGGGGCGCACCUGUCUUGUUGGAGUGGGCGGGGCUUCAGCGUCUGUUGGUGAACGCUCUCAUAAGCUCCGCCCUCCGUUGGCGUGGCGAUGUUCCCGCUCUGCCCGCGGUGCCCCGCCCCCUGGUGUCGGCUCACGCCAUCAGAAACUCCCGCCGCAAGAUGGAGGACAAACACGUGGUCAUCCCUCACUUCAGCCAACUCUUCGGACUCCAGGACGGCGUCCCGCGUUCGUACCUGGCGGUGUUUGACGGACACGGCGGCGUUGACUCCGCCUCCUUCGCUGCGGUUCAUCUCCACGUGGCUCUGAGCCGCCAGACGGACCUGACCUCUGACCCCGAGAGCGCCUUCAAACGAGCCUUUAACGAGACCGACCGCCUGCUCCAGCAGAGGGCGCAACGAGAGCGGGUUCGUGGUGGUUCUACGGCUGUAGCGGCGCUGGUGCAGGGACAGCGCCUCCUGGUGGCCUGGCUCGGCGACUCUCAGGCUCUGCUCGUCCGCAACGGCACCGAAGAGGAAAUCAUGGACCCGCACAAACCCGACCGAGAGGAUGAGAGGAGGAGGAUCGAGGACUUGGGCGGCUGUGUGACAUUUAUGGGAUGUUGGCGAGUGAACGGGACGUACGCCGUGUCCAGGGCCUUCGGGGACUUUGACCAGCGCCCGUACGUGUCGUCGGAGGCGGACUGCAGGUCGGUGGAGCUCCGGGGGGACGAGGACUUCCUGCUCUUGGCCUGUGACGGAUUCUUCGACGUCGUCAAACCCGCCGAGGUGCCCGGCCUGGUGCUGGAGGCCCUCAGGAGCCCGGGGCCCCAGGCAGAGACGGGACCGGAGACGGGACCGGAGACGGGACCGGAGACGGGACCGGAGACGGGACCGGACCCGCACUCGGACCCGCACUCGGACCCGGAGGAGGCCGCUGUCAGAGCCGCUCAGUUUCUCGUGUCUCGGGCCAAAGACUCGGGCUCCAGCGACAACAUCACCGUCCUCCUGCUGUUCCUGCGCUCGCCGCGGGACAUCCUACGAGACCACGCCCCCCUCCCCGUGACCACGCCCCUUAACCCACUCUAACCCCGCCCCUCAGGUCUGACCCCGCCCCCUGACACACUCUAGCCCCGCCCUUCGGCAGAUCUGAGGACUGCAGUUCCCAGGAUGCGCUGCUGCUGCUGCUGCUGCUGUCAUCGUUGUCGUCGGGUUUUUGUUUCAAACUAAAGUAUUCGUCGUCGUCAGUAUUUUCACAUAUUUAUACUUCACUUUUUAUACAGAAGCUCAAUAUUUCAUUUUUUUAUUUAACCUGAAAAUAUAAAAAAAACUGUUACACGUCUCAAAGUCUCUAAAUGCAGUUCUGCUCUGAAUACUGCAGUACUGUCUAUCUGGUGCUUUGUUUCUGCAGUAUUCAGUUUGGUUACAGUCCUGUCGUUGUGUACUUGUACUUGUACUUGUAUUUGUCUAACCUGCUGAUUUAAAUAAAAAAUACUAAUAAUAAAAA